GCUCUUUUGCAAGUGGCCAAGAACCUUUUCACUCACCUGGAUGAUGUUUCCGUGCUGCUGCAGGAGAUUAUCACGGAAGCCAGGAAUCUCAGCAACGCUGAAAUAACGUCCUGGAUUGAGAAGGGGGCUCUGCCUAAAAUGGCUUCUUAUCUUCCAGAGGUGAUUGGCGUGGCCGAGCUGGUGAAUAAGAUCAACGGGUCGUGGUUUAGCAAAUUCGACGAGGACCUGGCCACCGCCUUCUCCAUCUACUGCGGCAUCAGCAUCGCUCACUCCUUGCUCUACAAGAAGGUCCAUGAGGCCCAGUACCGAAGCCACCUGGCCAACGAGAUGAUGAUGUAUCACAUGAAGGUAUCGGAUGAUGAGCACGCCAAACUUCUCCGUGAAGGAAUCAUCCCAGUUUCACAGAUCGACUCAAACUUCGCCAAAUUCACGUACACACCGCGAUCGCUUCCUGAGGACGACACAUCGAUGGCCAUUCUGAGCAUGCUGCAGGACAUGAAUUUCAUCAGCAACUACAAAAUCGACCGUCAAACCCUUGUCAGGUUCUGCCUCAUGGUAAAAAAGGGGUACAGAGACCCUCCGUAUCACAACUGGAUGCACGCCUUCUCCGUCUCCCACUUCUGCUACCUGCUGUACAAGAAUCUGGAGCUCAUCAACUACCUGGAAGACAUUGAAAUCUUUGCCUUGUUCAUUUCCUGCAUGUGCCACGACUUGGACCACCGAGGCACCAACAAUUCUUUUCAAGUGGCAUCGAAAUCCGUCCUGGCAGCUCUGUACAGCUCCGAAGGAUCCGUGAUGGAGAGACACCAUUUCGCUCAAGCCAUCGCCAUCCUGAACACGCACGGGUGCAACAUCUUUGAUCACUUCUCUCGCAAG